CUUGACUAAUCUCGACCAACCUCGAAUACCCAUAACCCGGCGCUUUGGGUCUCAUAAUAACCCGACGUACGCCGCUCCCCUUUUCACCCUUCCUCACAUUCCAACACACAAAGUUCUACACUGUCCGCCCGCCCACCAUGUCUCUCACCAACGAGGAUUGGGAAGAGAUCCGCCAGGACAUCCCCGAGGUCUCAGACCCUUUCAUCGCACAGUACAUCAACGGCCGUGAGGCCCUUAUCACCCAGGAGCAGAAGUCCCGUGCCGACGCAUCUUUUCGUAGCGCGGCUUCGCCGAUUGCCCGUCGCGCCGCCGACAUUGUUUCCCGCAUCCGUCUUGAAGAGAAGCGGACGAUAUGGAACGCACAGGCCGAAGAGGACCUCGCAACGAGCGAGGGCCUCGCGCCUUUCCCCGGAAUGAUGUUCACGCUCGCCAAGCAACGCCUUGAGACGACCCGUCUGUGGCGCAUUGUCCAGAAAAUGCCCAAGGGUUCACUUCUCCACGCUCACUUGGACGCCAUGGUUGACUUUGAUUUCCUGUUCGAUGUUCUGUUGAACAUCCCCGGCAUGCAUUUCGCGGCGGACGCGCCGCUGUCGAACGAGACGGCAAAGUCCAAGUCUGGAGUUCAUUUCAGAUUCAGAAAGGCCGAGGACAGCAAGAACUCGCCGUGGGAGGAUGACUACGUUCCCGGAGAGUUCCGGCUGUUGACCAAGGCGGCGGACGAGUACCCCGACGGCGGCAGGCCGGGAUUCCUCAAAUGGCUGAAGUCCCGAUGCACCAUCACGUUGACGGACAGCAUGGAGCAGCAUCACGGCAUCGACGCCGUUUGGCGCAAAUUUGCCUCGUGCUUUAUGGUCACUAACACCAUCAUCCACUACGAGCCCAUCUUCCGCGCUUUCCUCAAGAGACUCAUGGCAUCGCUGUUAGCGGACGGCAUCUACUGGAUUGAGCUCAGGUUCACAUGGCCCCUCAACUACUGCCGUGACGGCCAAGAAGAGCCGGAGAAGGACUACAACCACAUGUUCCAGGUGAUGGAGGAGGAGCUCGCGCUCUUCAAGUCCGAUCCCGCCAAUGCCGCCUUCUGGGGCUUCCGCACCAUCUGGACCACCAUCCGCCACCUGCCCACGCGCGAUAUCAUCGAGAGCAUGGACAACUGCAUCACGACCAAGAUGUCCUGGCCGCACCUCAUCGCCGGCUACGACCUUGUCGGUCAGGAGGACCUGGGCCGCCCCCUUCGCGACCUCCUCCCGGAGCUCUUCUGGUUCCGCAAGCAGUGCGCGCAGGAGGGCGUCAACCUGCCCUUCUUUUUCCACGCCGGCGAGACCCUCGGCGACGGCGACGAGACGGACCAGAACCUCUUCGACGCCGUUCUCCUGGGCACGCGACGCAUCGGUCACGGCUUCUCCCUGUACAAGCACCCGCUCCUCAUCGACAUGAUCAAGGAAAAGCGCAUCCUCGUCGAGUCGUGCCCCAUCAGCAACGAGGUCCUCCGCCUCUGCGGCUCCAUCAUGUCGCACCCGCUCCCCGCGCUGCUGUCCCGCGGCGUUCCCUGCGCCCUCUGCAACGACGACCCAGCCAUGUUGGGCCAGGACACGGCGGGCAUGUCGCACGACUACUGGCAGGCGUUGCAGGGGUGGGAGAACGUCGGGCUGCUGGGCUUGGGCUCCAUGGCCGAGAACAGCGUGCGGUGGUCCGCGUUCGAGGACGAGACGCCCGCGGAGUGGACCGCGGGGAUCAAGGAGGCGAGCCUGGGGUCGGGUGUCAAGGCGGACCGGCUCAAGCAGUGGGCGACCGAGUGGGAGAAGUUCUGUCUCUGGGUCGUGGAGGAGUUCGGCGAAGAGUCAGAGAAGGCGUAAGGCAUAGACCACAUGAGAAAGACGAGGGCAAUGCUACUUGGGAGAAUACUUUUCAACAAACAAGAUGGCGCGGCGGGAGCGGGGGGGGGCGGACAUUAGUGUGGGUUACACUGGCAAUGGGACCGGGCAUGGGCGCAUGGUAUCUACACAACGGAGUUUCAACAGUACAAAGUGUCACACGGAAUAGCUUGUUUGAGAUGGUCACCUGGCAUUCAACACGGCGAAUAGAAGAGAAUUCAACGCGGCUCUGGGGCGGGAAAUCCCUGACCGAUCUAGGGAGUUAGGAACCGACUAUAUGGUUAGGCCAUAGGCUCCGGCAUCGCGAGGCAUCCGGCAGCCUGAUAUAAUGCAAUUCAAGACUGCGAAAAAUGCUCAAUGUGG